AUUUUCAUCAGCCAACUCUGCGAACGCAAACUCUUUCUCUCGCGUGUUAGUUAGAUUUUAACUACCGUUUAAGAAGUAUCGUACGGCUACUCUCAACUCUUCGCAACUGAACUCCACUCCUCUCUGCGUCCAUUAAUCACCUUCAGUCAGUCCAAAGAGUCAAUUCACCACCGAACAGCCUGCCAAAUGUGUUCCAGCAACUGCUCAAUCUCCGUAUCUUUUGGGUGCCUGGAACGGGGCGCACAUUUGGCUUUUAUCACUCGAUCCGCACCAAAUAAACUACAAAGCCCCAAACGCGAAAACAGAGGAAAACUUAUUUGUGUGCCAGAUUUCGGCGCAUUUACGGCUUGCGUGAAGAAUUCCCGAUCGGAGCAGACCGAAGAAAAUUCUCUUGCAGCUCUUAAUGGGUUGUUGGAUGCAAAAACUUGGCGGGACAUGAGGAAAUAAUCCGCACACACUGCGAAUAAAUCACAGAAGUUGUAAAUUCAUUUGAAGUGCAUUUGAUUUGAAACAAAUUUCCUGGCAAAUGAAUGGGAGGGGGGCGAAAACUGAGCAGGCCAUGCUGGUCCUCGCAUCCUGCCCCUGAGUUAAAAAUGCGGAACUACUGGAAAAACCUUUGGCGAGUACUGGACUCCCUUACUGACCCACCUAAACGAUCGGAGGACAAAGUUUUCCUGAGCGAUUACGCAAGUCGUCUGAGCCUGGUGACCCAUUUAAGUCUGCAAAGCGAACGACGAGCUCCCCGAUUUGUGAUUCCAUCUACACGGCGCCAUGUUACCUUUUCGCCCAGCACUUUGAGGCACCUGGAAAUCCGAAUGGCGGUACAGCAGGCGGAAACCUCUGCCUUCCAGAAUUUCGUGCGGGAGAUGUACGAUGGCUAUUACCAACUAUUACUCUCACAGGAGAGAGAUCUAACCGGCUUUCAGCCAGAACAACAGCCGGCCAAUCGAUGGCUGGGACUCAAGGACCUCGGGAGACUCCAGAAAGUGGCCAGCGACCUGUGGAAUCAAAUGGACAGGGACCGAAAACAACAGUACAAGGAUCUGGCCAUGAUGGCACUGCAUCGCCGAAGCCUGCGUCUGCCCCCCGAUCCUCAUCGCAUACCACCACACCUCAAGAGAUCCUCCAAAAAAGUGACGAAAUAUAAACCAACUUGUUUAUAUCCCUGAACUAAAUUUAGUGCGACUUUUCUGAUUAAAGAAUGCUUAAAUGGUUGGUGGAUAUAUUUCUUGACCAAGUUCC